AUGGCACGCCCCAAAACUCUGAUCCCACCGGCAAAAUGCUAUAUUUCUACUGGGGUUUGCCCACUGGUCGACAACUUUGAUCAACAGCAGCAGCAACAACAACAACAAACAAACUCUGCUGCUCAGCCGUCCUCAAAUACAGCUGCUCCAUCAAAACUGCCGCGCAGACAACACAAAGUACCGCGCACCAUCAACACGCACGGCUUUGCUAAUUGUGCACGUUUGGUCGUGCCUACAGCGGUUUUAGAAGCUUCAGCAGAGAAUGUCAUUGACAAUGGACCCGUAAUCUUCUAUUACCGAUUGCGAUGCACUCUUGGCGACAUUCUGCUAUCGAACUUUGUUGCAUCUUAUAUCAAAACAAAUUCUUGCAUACUUAUAUCAGAAACAGCACUCGAUCAUCAAGACGUUUAUGCCAUCACAGACGGAAAACUUCACAUGGCUCUGCAGCGCGAAACAUUCCAACGCGCAGGCCUCACUCACUCACAUGUUACUCGACCCACUACAACAUCUCCAGCAUACCGGCUAGAGUACGAUCUGCGAGACCCACAUAGCGUGGCCGGGGAUUCAGGCUCUGCAAGCUACAAUCGGCUACUAUGGGCACUCACAAAUACGCUGACAGACGCUACGCGUGACGUGCACACAUUUUCGCUAGUAACGUUAAACCAAGCAGGAAUGCCUAUAGAAAUGGAUUAUGCCUUGUGCCGGCACUUUGAUGCGUUGGCGACUGCACGAGGCGAAAAUGGAUUCUUUGAAGCAUACGACCUGGUCCCGUCUAUUGUACCACUUUCUAGUGUUAUAGUCCCACGGUUUGUCCCACCAACAACUACAUUCACAGAACCACUAUCGCGCGCUCAGGAUUUUUAUAAUGACCAGUCUCUCGCUCCCAGGACUUUACCACUACCGGCAGAUAUGACGCAGAGCAUUGUGCAAGAGUGGGCCCUGGAGCUAGCCGAAUGGGUGGCUCUGCUAGAGUUGGGGUCAGACCAAGUAUUGAGCUCAAAUGGGGCAGCAGGUGUUGACUCGCAUCUAUCAUCGUAUUCCGUACCAGAACCAAGACACAUUGAUCCAGUUGAUGUGUCGGUUGUGACGUGGGAUGGAGGUCUUAUUCCACCUCAGGUCGUUGCCCGUGCUUGGUCUCAGCUCGUGCAGACUGCAAGCACAAGAGAUAUUCCGUGGUGGGCCGCACUGACGGUCCACGGGGUGCGGGAUGCUCCAGUUUCUUGGGCAUCCAAACCUCACAAUGUUACACCAAACGGUGGAGAAAAUGAUUACACUUUGUUUAAACUAGAAGACAGUAAUCAGGAAAGUUAUCCCUUUCUGCUGCUGCAAACCCUUGAUGCCAGUGAUCCAUAG